UAUAGUGAUUCAUAAUGAAAUAUACUAAGUUGAAUUUUAUGAUGUCAGUUCUUGGCAUUAUAAUAUAUGUAACUGAUUUAAUUGUGGACAUCGGUGUGUCUGUCAGGUUUUUCCAUGAAGGACACUAUGUUUUUGGUGUUUUAACAGUAAGCUUUAUGCUCUUUGGAACACUUGUGGUCCAGUGUUUUAGUUAUUCUUGGUUUAAGGCUGAUUUAAAGAAAGCAGGCCAAGAAAGUCAGCAUUAUUUUCUUCUACUUCAUUGCUUGCAAGCUGGAGUUUUUACAAGGUAUUGGUUUGCCUUGAAAAAGGGUUAUCAUGUGGCUUUCAAGUACAGCAGCAAAACUGAUAACUUCGUGGAAGAACAGAUUGAUCCUCAUAAAGAAGUUAUAGAUAGGGUGACAGAUCUGAGCAUGCUCAGGCUAUUUGAGACCUACCUGGAAGGCUGCCCACAACUUGCUCUUCAGCUGUACAUCUUUCUGGAACAUGGUCAAGCAAAUUUCACUCAGUAUGCAGCCAUCAUGGUCUCUUGCUGUGCUAUUUCUUGGUCGACUGUUGAUUAUCAAGUAGCUUUAAGAAAAUCCUUACCUGAUAAAAACCUCCUUAAUGGACCCUGUCCCAAAGUCGUAUAUCUCUUUUACAAGUUGUUUACAUUAUUAUCUUGGAUGUUGAGUGUUGUGCUUCUCUUAUUCUUAAAUGUUAAGAUUGCUUUACUUCUGUUGUUAUUUCUUUGGUUUUUAGGUAUAUUGUGGGCAUUUAAAGAACAAACUGAUUUUUGUGCUUCCAGAAGUAUGGAAUUCAUAUACAGGAUAGUUGUUGGAUUCAUUCUUGUCUUUACGUUUUUUAACAUUAAGGGACAGAAUACCAAAUGUCCAAUGUCUUGUUAUUAUAUUGUAAGGGUAUUGGCCACAUUGGGGAUAUUGACUGUGUUCUGGUUUUACCCACUCUCUAUUUUUAAUUCAGACUAUUUUAUACCUGUCAGCAUCACUAUAGCUCUUACUCUUCUCCUUGGAAUUAUUUUUCUUAUUGUUUAUUAUGGGACUUUGCACCCAAACAGAAGUGAAGAAACAAAACUGGAUGAAGUUGAUGGAAAACCAGUUCAAAGAGAUUGUAGAAUGAAAUAUUUCCUAAUGCAGUAA